GCAAGAAUCAAAAUGAGAUGGAGGCCCUUCGAAAAGUUGCACUGAAAUACCUUUCCCAUGAAGAACUAUCCUGCUGGCAAAUCUGGAGACAGGUUGCAAGUGAUUUAACCAGGUGUCUUCAGAGAAAGCGUUCCCAGUUACCAUAUGGUGAUUCCAUUCAGGUUUCUGAACAUGAAAAUAGUGUCGUGAAUCAUAAAGGAAAUGGCUCCACUUGCACUGCCAAUCAAGAGUUGUCAGUUUUGAGAACCCAAGACACCUGUGGGAACACAUCCCUGUGUGAGUCACAGAAUCAGAGCAGAGGUCCGCAAGUUCAUGGGAAAAAUAACCGGCAUAUGUGUGAAGCCUUCACGAAGAGAUUGCCUGUCAGUGAUUAUAGUAACACUGACACAGAACAGAAACCUUGUAAGUUCAACACAUGUGGCAAAAGCACGAGUGACGGCUUCAUUCCUCACGUAGCCCCAGGAGAGGAAUUCCAUCCAUGUCGUGAGUGCGGAAAGGGCGUCGGGUAUAGCUCGGCGCUUCCACGUCAUCAGAACGUUCGCACAAGAGAGAAAUGCUCUAGUCAGAGCUCACAUCUGCAGACCCAUCAGAGAAUUCACCCAAGAGAGAAACUCAACAAAUGUCGUGGAUCUGAGGGUUGCUUUAGUAAGAGCUCUUUUCGUCAGCUUAACCACACGGGGGAGAAGGCCUAUAGAUGUGACAGUUGUGGCAAGGGAUUCAGCAGCAGCACAGGCCUUAUCAUUCAUUACAGGACUCACACUGGAGAGAAACCUUAUAAAUGUGAGGAGUGUGGGAAAUGCUUUAGUCAGAGUUCAAACUUUCAGUGCCACCAGAGAGUCCACACUGAAGAAAAACCAUAUAAAUGUGAAGAGUGUGGUAAGGGCUUCGGUUGGAGUGUCAAUCUUCGCGUUCAUCAGAGGGUCCACAGGGGUGAGAAACCCUAUAAGUGUGAGGAGUGUGGGAAAGGCUUCACUCAGGCUGCACACUACCACAUACAUCAGAGGGUCCACACUGGGGAGAAGCCUUACAAAUGCGAUGUCUGCGGUAAGGGCUUCAGCCACAAUUCUCCAUUAAUAUGCCAUCGGAGAGUCCACACUGGAGAGAAACCGUACAAAUGUGAGGCGUGUGGGAAAGGCUUUACCCGCAAUACAGAUCUUCACAUCCACUUCCGAGUUCACACGGGAGAGAAACCCUACAAGUGUAAGGAGUGUGGGAAGGGCUUCAGUCAGGCUUCUAAUCUUCAAGUCCAUCAGAAUGUCCACACGGGGGAGAAACGAUUCAAAUGUGAAACAUGCGGGAAGGGCUUCAGUCAGUCAUCAAAGCUUCAGACCCAUCAGAGAGUCCACACUGGAGAGAAGCCAUACAGAUGUGAUGUGUGUGGUAAGGACUUCAGUUACAGUUCCAAUCUGAAACUGCACCAAGUGAUUCACACUGGAGAAAAACCAUAUAAAUGUGAGGAGUGCGGGAAGGGCUUCAGUUGGCGAUCAAAUCUUCAUGCUCAUCAGAGAGUCCACUCUGGAGAGAAACCCUAUAAAUGUGAGGAGUGUGAUAAGAGCUUUAGUCAGGCUAUAGAUUUUCGGGUACAUCAGAGAGUCCACACUGGAGAGAAACCCUACAAAUGUGGUGUAUGUGGUAAGGGCUUCAGUCAGUCCUCUGGUCUUCAAUCCCAUCAGAGAGUCCACACUGGGGAGAAGCCAUACAAGUGUGACAUCUGUGGAAAGGGUUUUAGAUACAGUUCGCAGUUUAUAUACCAUCAAAGAGGCCACACUGGAGAAAAACCUUAUAAGUGUGAGGAGUGUGGGAAAGGCUUCGGAAGGAGCUUGAACCUUCGCCAUCAUCAGAGGGUCCACACAGGAGAGAAACCCCAUAGGUGUGAUGAGUGUGGUAAGGCCUUCAGUCUCCCCUCAAAUCUUAGGGUCCAUUUGAGUGUCCACAUUAGGGAAAAACUGUUUAAAUGUGAGGAGUGUGGUAAGGGCUUCAGUCAGAGUUCACGUCUUCAGGCCCAUCAGAGAGUCCACACUGGAGAAAAACCAUACAAAUGUGACAUCUGUGGUAAGGACUUCAGUCACCGUUCACGUCUCAUGUACCAUCAGAAAGUCCACACUGGCAGAAAUCGUUAAAAGUGAAGACUGUGUUAAUGGCUUUGGUCAGGAUGCAUAUUGUGCAUUUGGAGAGUCUGUGCUGGUAAUAAACUAUCAAGCAUUGAGAGUGGAAAGGGAUUUCUUCAGAUAGAAUCUUUCUAACAAAUCCACUAAAAUGAUGACAUGGGACCAUAAUAAUAGGAAUAGAACUAAUAUUCAGGGCAGGAAUGGCUUGCAGCUCUCUUGGCAAGAUCCAAGUGAUAUAAAUGGUCUUUAAGAGUGAAUAUAUGCCAAAAAAAAAAAAAGUGAAUAUAAGCUUAAGAAUAAGGCGUGAAAAAGAUAUUUGCCAUAUACUA